UGGGGGUGCCUCCUCUCUGUGUCCCAAACAAAGUGUCACAAAGAGCUCGGCCCGCGGCGGCCGCGGAGGCGGCUGCAACUCUGCUUUUGUUCUCCUGGCCCCGGGUAGCUGAGCUCUGGCCUCCCUGUCUCCCUGCCGACCCUGCCCCCAUCAUCCCGGGUUAUUCUCCGCGGGUGGAGCGCGGGGCGUGCUGGCGGAGCUCCUCGUGUGGGACCGCAGGUCCUGCUCGGCUUGCCCACCAGUUUUUGCGAGGGCUCUUUUCCCAGAGGGGCUCCUGCCCGCCUCCCAGCCUGAGAGCCGAGCCUCCUACAUUCACCGCCUCUGACUUUUUUAGGGCCAGCUCUAGUUAAAGGGACUUGAAGUGGCUGUGUGCGUGUGUGUGUGUGUGUGCGUGUGUGUGUGUGUGUGUGUGUGUGUGUAUGUGUGUGCGCGCCCCCCCCCCCAUCUAGGCUCUCAGAACUUUCAGAAUCGGGGUCAAGUUAGGACAUGCUCGAACAUGGGUCUAGGAUAAGACUGUGUGCGGGGGUUGUACCUGCCUCUCACCUCUCGAUAGUUGUUUGGGAGCCCAUGACUGAAAUUUCAUGCCCCCCUGUCUCCCUCUGAAAGGUGUUUAAGGUUCAGCAUGGUGUGGAUUGGAAGCAGCUUUCAGAGCAGUGAGGUUCACAGAACCACGGAGGGACCUUAAAAGUGAGCUGCUGGCAUGUGUGUGUUCUCCAGGUGGUCUCGAGUCUGGACAGUCUAAUAAACUCGCUGCCCAUUUAAUCUCAUAUUCAUUAGCUGGUUCAGGAGAGGGGAGCUUGCCAAAAAGGAGAAAGAAAAGCGUGUGUUGUGUGUUGGGGAUGAGCAGAGCCAGAGAGGCCUACCCACAGCUAGGCCCCAGAGACCCUCCCUGAUCCUCUGCACUGAACACUUGACCUUAAAAUGUUUCCAGUCUCAGGGUUUGCAGUGAGGGUGGGGGACCCCUUGGCCCUUCAUUUAGCUGGUCGGAAUGUAAGCCCUUGCACCUUCCAUUCACCCUCCAUAAGAUCUGGUGGUCCAUACCCCUUUCCGCAUCAGCUCUCCUGGAGUGUAAAAGUAAUUGGCCUGUUGCUUUGGAAAUAUCUCUAAUUUGUAACGCUGGGUCCUGCAUCUCUGCAAAAAAUACACCAGGAGCGAGAUAACCCCUGAUUCCCACUGGGUGUGAAAAGUAGGUCAGUGCUACUCUCUGGCCAAGGCUCGGGUGGCGUUUAAGCAGUGAGUAUAGAAAUAUGUGAGGACUGUCCACAGACAAUAUGUCUGACUUAGGUUCCACACCAGGCCACAGACCCUCCCUGUUGGUGCUCUCCUCAAUCGAGAGUGAUUCAUGAGCUCUGGUGCCUGAGCCCUGGUUUGAUGGAAAGAUGACGGAAGCCAUCUUGACUGGGCCUAGGAUGUCCCGGUGGAUUUUACUGAUUUUUUAGGCCACCUGCUGGGAAGCUUCCUCUGAGGAGAAAUUCAGACUACAUUUUUGCCUUCUUAGGUGUCACAGCUUUCCAUCCUGGGAACUGCUGCAUGCAAAAGUAUGAGAUCUGUCGUUGUUUAGGGGAGGAAGCCUUGCCGUGUUUCUGCUUUUUUGGCUCAGAUAUUAGGCCAUUUUCCUUUGAGAUAUUUUGCUUGGUGUUUUACAGGCAAUUUUAGAGGCCCUAGAAUCUCCUCAGGAUCAGAAUAUGUGCCCAUAGGUUAGUCAGCUAUGACCAUGCAGUAUUCUCUCUCUCUCUCUCUCUCUCUCUCUCUCUCUCUCUCACACACACACCCCUCCCGGCCAUCUGCUUCCUCUGAAUAUACCAGAUUGGCCGUACACCAGGAUGUUCCGGGAAUCCCCAGGAAAGCAACAGAAUGUGAUGGGCUCAAAUACGAUGUCUCAGUAACUCAUUCCAGGAUGUACAAACUGUAACUGUUAUGACAUUCUGUAUAGCUAAUUAAAAUUUUUCUAGGUAUGUGUAUUUUCUGUUUUCAAUGACAUCCAAAAGGCCAGAGUAACAAGUCCUCCAUCGUUUCUCUACCCUCCCAUAGUCCCCAAACAGGAAUUUUUUUUCCUCAUCCACUAGUUUCCAUGUCCUCUCUUUGGUGCUAAAAUGGCCAAUGUGACCUCUCUAGAGCUUCCUAGCUCUGUCUGUGACACUGAGGUAGCCAAAGUGGCCCUCUGGUAGCCCACUGCACUCUCCAUGGUACUGAAGGAAAGGCCAUUUCUUUUAACAUUUCUUGGGGGCUGGAAGAGUCUUGUGACUUAAAACCAGGCAACUUUCAAUUUGGCAGAGACUACACAUGCAAAUUUAUUAUAACUCAUUUUCAUGGACGGCGAACAGAGAAACUCAGUGAUUUACUCGAGGUUGUACCUCUGAGUUUUAUUCUGAUUCACCUUUGUGCAGUUUUCAGUGAGCCUGGACAGACUGUUGGUCCCAGGGAAGGGCUUAUUUGGAGGAUCCAUAGGACAAGAAUGGAUGCCUGAAUUUGGACCCACAGAACCACACAUUAAGUGGCAGUGGCUGUCCGGUGACACUUGGACAGGACAUUUUUGUUAAUGUAUCUGAUAAUGCUCUCGAAGGUCAGAGCCUGCGUGUAACAGGUGUUUGCCCCUUCAUAGAGUCUGUCUGGCCACAUCCACUCAGUGCUGAAAGCUUAAAGACGCUUUUAAAGCCCCAGACUUCUCUGAUAAGCAGGGUUCACUCCUGGCCCAGUUCACCUCAAUUAAAGAUUCGCAAGUAAAGCAAUGCUUGGAGUCCUUUCUUAGCAAUUCAGUUUCAUAAGUCUCACUGUAAGGAAGUUCUUUAUCAAAUAUUAUGUCUGAGGUUUAAGAAAGCUAGGCCCAAGUUCAUCUAGCCUGAACCAGAUACAUUUCUGUCUGGGAGGAGGAAAACAGAGGAUGACUUCUGGCCAUCCACAAGUCUUAAUUCCAUGACCUUGUCAGGAGACCCCCUCCCCUCGCCAUCCUCUCCCUCAGCUCUCCUCCUCCCUGCCUGCCGUGUGCAGCACUUGUGAGGGACAGGGAAUUUUAGAUGGAGACUUUUAACCCCUUCCUGCUCAGAGCAUGUGUGGAUCCCCCCUAUCUGUGCAGAUGGCAAGGCCCCGCCCCCCGUCCCUCACUCCAGCCUCUUGAGCUCAGAGCCAGUGUAAUCCUCCUCUUGUGUGAGGAAGCCUCUCCCCUGCAGAGAGGAGGAAAGCCUGCCUCGGAACAGCUCCGGACAAAGGGGCUGAGAUGGCCCAUCAAACCACUGGCUCCAAGCACCUCCGCACCUGUUGCCUUCAUUAGCAGCUUCCCUUCCUCCUCCUUCCAAUCCUCAGAGCCAAAGAAUGUGAAGGGGGUCCAUGGAGGGCUCACGACCCCGCAUCUUGGUCGGCCACCUAGAGCCUUCCCCACCAGCCUUCGACGGCGAGCUGGAUCUGCAGCACUACUCCAACGGACCAGGUGUGAGCACCGGGUCGCCUGGAAUGGGAGCAGUGGGCUGGUCUGAGACUCGUGCAGGCGACCGGCGCUUCCCUUGCCCUGUGUGCGGAAAGCGCUUCCGAUUCAAUUCCAUCCUGGCUUUGCACCUGCGAGCCCACCCCGGCGCCCAAGCCUUCCAGUGCCCACACUGUGGCCACCGCGCCGCGCAGCGUGCUCUGCUGCGCUCACAUCUCCGAACGCACCAGCCGGAGCGCCCACGAAGCCCUGCUGCACGCCUGUUGCUGGAGUUGGAGGAGCGCGCCUUGCUACGCGAAGCCCAACUGGGGAGAGCCAGAAGCUCAGGGGGCAUGCAGGCCACCCCUGCCACAGAGGGCCUGGCGAGCCCGCAGGUUCCUUCCUCGUCUGCCUUCCGUUGCCCUUUCUGCAAAGGCAAGUUUCGCACCUCCGCGGAGAGGGAACGCCACCUGCACAUCCUGCACAGGCCCUGGAAGUGCAGCUUGUGCAGUUUUGGCUCCAGCCAGGAGGAGGAGUUGCUGCACCACAGUCUGACGGCCCACGGGGCUUCCGAGCGCCCCCUGGCGGCUACGUCGACACCCGAACCCCAGCCUCCACCCCAGCCAGAACCCAGAUCUGCCCUUGAGCCUGAGCCUGAACCUGAACCUAGGCCUGAGCCUGAACGCGAGGCGAACCCUGCCCCGACUCCUGCACCUCCGGAGGAACCCCCUGCGCCACCUGAGUUCCGUUGCCAGGUGUGCGGCCAGAGCUUUACGCAGUCCUGGUUUCUUAAGGGUCACAUGCGCAAGCACAAGGCCUCUUUUGAUCACGCGUGCCCUGUGUGCGGCCGCUGCUUCAAGGAGCCCUGGUUCCUUAAGAACCACAUGAAGGUGCACACCAGCAAGCUGGGUCCUUUGCGUGCCCCGGGGCCCGGCUCUACCCCUGCCAGGGCCCCUCAGCCUCCUGACCUGAGCCUGCUGGCUUAUGAGCCACUGGGUCCUGCGCUCCUACUGGCCCCAGCACCCACCCCGGCUGAGCGCCGAGAGCCCCCGAGCCUCUUGGGCUACCUGAGUGUACGAGCCGGGGAAGUACGACCCAAUGGUGAGGGUGCGGACCCUGGAGCCGGCCGAAGCUACGGAGGAGGAUUCCGCCCGCUGCCUUCAGCUCUUCCCAAUCGGGCCCGGCGGCACCGCACAGAGGACGCAGAGGAGGAAGAGGAGGCGGUGGAGGCGGAAGAGGAGGGCUGGGCCCGGGGCAGGUCGCUGGGCACUCUGACUCCCCUGCACCCCCACCCGGGUGAGGGGUCAGGACAGGCUGCACCCGCCGCGGGGGCCCAGGCAAGACCCACAGCCACCCAAGAGGAAAACGGGCUGCUGGUUGGAGGAACCCGAUCCGAAACGGGCCGUGGGGCCACUGGCAAGGACUGCCCCUUCUGUGGAAAAUCUUUCCGCUCGGCGCAUCACCUGAAAGUGCAUCUCCGCGUGCACACAGGUGAGCGUCCCUACAAGUGUCCACACUGCGACUAUGCAGGUACCCAGUCGGGCUCACUCAAGUAUCACCUUCAGCGCCACCACCGAGAGCAGAGGAGCAGUGCAGGUCCUGGGCCUCCUCCAGAACCCCCACCCCCUUCCCCGCGGGGCGCAGCCUCGCUGCAGCCGCAGUCAGGAGCCAAGCCAACUCAGGCCUCCGCCACCUGGGUGGAGGGCACUCCAAGCACCCGGCCUCCUUCGAGCAGCACCGGAGCCGGGUCCCGUAGGAAGCCUGCCAGCCCUGGGAGGACCCUGCGCAACGGGCGGGGUGGUGAGGCCGAGCCCCUGGACCUGUCCCUGCGGGCGGGCCCGGGAGGUGAAGCCGGGCCAGGGGGUUCCCUUCACCGCUGCCUCUUCUGUCCCUUUGCCACCGGAGCUCCUGAGCUCAUGGCCUUGCAUCUGCAAGUGCACCACAGCCGUCGGGCUCGGGGCCGCCGGCAGCCCCGGGCUGACACAUCUCCGCCCUAUGUCCGAGCACCAUCAGGAGAGACGCCUCCCAGCCCUCCCCUGGAAGAGGAGGGCAGCCCCGGGCUGUCUAGAUCUGGAGAGGCAGGCCUUGGGGGGCAAGAACGGUAGGGCGCCCUCUUAGGAGCGAGUAGCUUAGUAAGCUUACCCCGCGGGAGCGGGGAAGUGCUUAGAGGUAGUUGGGUAGAACAGCCAGCAGGGAGCAGUAUGGGACCCGCAUCCCAGCCCAAGGUGGACCAAGAGGUGAAGUGGGCAGUGGGGGAAGGAGGUGGGCAGGCAGUUCCCACGCAGCCCAGGGGAGUCACAGUGCCUUAGAAGCGGCAGAGGCGAGGGUCAAAGAACGGGGUCCUAGGGCUGGUGGAGGCCGAGCUCCCGUGGAGGAGCCCCUCUGCCAGUUUCUGCUGGUCCGUAGGCAUGAGAGUUUAUUUUUGUAUAAGGGGUGGGGGUGGGGGGCACUGUACCCUUCUAGCCCUGUCAGGGGCCCUGUAGACGUCGCUAUUUUUGGUACGAUUCCUGUCAUCCCUGUUGAAGAGUCAUGUCCCCAAUAAACAGGUGUCUUGAGGCACAA